AUGAGCUUCCAUAAGGUUUACAACCUCUGCCGCGCCCAAGUAGCUCUUAAGAUUAAUCAGCGCGCUAGGUUUAAAGUCAUGGGCAUAAUGACUUCUUGGAUUCUUAACGAUGGUGUCCUUGUCAGGACUAAUAAUCUGUGCACUGCAUUGACACCUGUGCCUCAAUGUCCAGGCCAGUAUCUGAGAUACCAACAUUUCCCCAGUUUCAGGGAUCGACUCCUUUACCCUUGGAGGUGCCUUCCUCGUGAGAACUCUAAAUUAGUCUCCCCUGAGCAGAUGACACAGACAUCAGAGGGUUCCGUCUCAAGGCAUGCAGGAGUGUGGCCAACACAAAGGACCAAGCUAUUUUUAAAGAAAAUUGAGGGUGAGGAGGUGAAUAGGGGGUGA